AUGGUUCAGAUUCUGGGGGAUGGGGCGGAGAGGGUUGAUGAAGUCAAAGUCACAAAAGAUAAACAGCAGUCAUCUGGUGGCCACCAACACAGGGAAUUGCACCAGCAGGACAACGAAUCCCAAGUAUUCUACAGCUUCAAACUGGCAUCUGCAGGCUUGGAGGUGUGCGCGGAGGAGCUGGAGCGCAGGCGCGGCAAUACGAGCUGGACCCUUGUGCCUCCUUGCCUGAGAUCCACAGCACCUGGCGUCCCGUGUCCCUGCCUGUGCCUGCUGGGACCCUACGCAAGGCCACACGCACUGGCUGAGCUUCCGCCCGCUGGCGCCGCCUCGCCUCGGGCCUGCUCCGUGACGUCAGGGCUGAGCGAGGGGCGCCCCCGCCCGCCGCUCGCCCCCGGGCGCUGCACCCCGCCUGCCCUUCAUAAGAGCCAGGCCUGCGCCCACCGCGCCACAGCUGCUCUGCGGAGCCCGCACCCGCCGAGCUCCUCCUACACGCAGCUGGGGAGCGGCACCAUGCAGCGGGCCAUGCUCCUCUGCCUCCUGGGCGCAGCAGCUCUGGCCGGUGAGUGGGAUUUCAGCACCCCGGACAGCUCCCAGGGCUGGAGGCGUUGGGUUUCACCCUUCUCUUCCCUGGAUCCCUUGACUUGCUUGGCUUUUGAGUUGGAGGAUGCUAGAGCUGUCCAGCUUUUUCCUGCCUUCCCCGCAGGGGCUGUGCAGCCCUGGGAAGCCAAGCGGCUAUCUGUGUUCUCUGCAGAGAUCAAGACAUUUUUCAUUUUCUCCUUCAAAGCUGUCAGCUCAGCUCCAGUGGAAAACAGGGAUCACAAUGAAGAAAUGGUGACUCGCUGUAUUAUUGAAGUCCUCUCAAAUGCCCUAUCCAAGUCCAGUGUUCCAACGAUCACCCCAGAGUGCCGGCAAGUCCUGAGGAAGAGUGGAAAGGAGGUCAAAGGUGAAGAGAAAGGUGAAAAUGAGAAUUCCAAGUUUCAAGUACGGUUGCUAAGAGACCCAUCUGAUGCCUCAGCAGCCCGCUGGGCCUCCAGUAGGGAGGAAACAGGAGCUCCAGUGGAAGACUCGCAAGGCCAGAGGAAGGUAGACUACGAGAAGCGGACAGAAGGCGGAGGACACAGCAGGGAGAGAGCGGAUGAUCAGGAGAGCCUCCAUUCCCCCAACCAACAAGAGUCCAAAGAAGCAAAGAUACGCCAUUCGGAAGAGAGGGGCGGAAAAGAGAUGGAGGAAGAAGAAGAAGAAGGCAAGAUUUACCCAAAGGGGGCGCAUAGGGAAGACGCUGGUGAGGAGAAGAAACGCAUUGAAGAUUCUGGAGAGAAGUCGAACACCCUCUCCAACAAAAGAAGUGAGGCUUCCGCUAAGAAAGAGGAGUCGGCGGCCAGAGCAGAUGCACACUCCUGGGGGUUGGAGGAGAAGACACACAGCAGGGAGCAAAGCAGCCAGGAGAGUGGAGAGGAGGCAAGGGGGCAGGAGAAACCCCAGGAGCUUACCGACCUCGACCAGAGCCUGGAGGAAUCCGAGGAAGGCGAGGAAGGCGCAGCCUCUGAAGUAACCAAGCGCAGACCCAGACACCACCACGGGAGAAGCCGGCCCAACAAGCCUUCUUACGAAGGGCAUCCUCUAUCUGAGGAAAGGAGACAUGCUCCUGAGGAGUCCGAGGAGGCAGAUGUGGCCACAGCUGGUUUAGGGGGGAAAGGGGGUCACCAUCUAGCUCACUACAGGGCUUCGGAGGAAGAACCUGAAUAUGGGGAAGAAUUGAGAAGCUAUCCGGGCUUCCAGGCUCCCCAGGGCCUUCGGGGACCACAGUACCGGGGCAGAGGAAGUGAAGAGGACGGAGCCCCAGGGCCUGGGAGUGAGGAGAGCCAGGACAGGGAGGACAAGACAAACCACCCUGAACCGGAAAGCACAGCAAACAGACACGGUGAAGAAAGCGAGAAAGAGAGGAGCUACGAGGGGGCAAAGGGACGGCAGCACAGAGGCAGGGGCCGGGAGCCCGCAGCCUAUGCCACUCUUGACACCAGAGAAGAAAAAAGGCUCCUGGAUGAAGGGCGCUACCCUGUUCACGAAAGCCAGAUAGAUGCGGCAAAAAGGUUUCCACAAAGCAGAUGGCAAGAACAGGAGAAAAACUACCUCAACUAUGGCGAGGAAGGGGACCCAGGGAGAUGGUGGCAGCAGGAAGAGCAGGUAGACCCACAAGAAAGCCGGGAGGAAGUGGGGUUUCCAGACACACAGUAUGAGCCCUACCCCACCGCUGAAAAGAGGAAGAGGUUAGGGGCGCUGUUCAACCCGUACUUUGACCCUCUCCAGUGGAAGACUAGUGACUUUGAGAAAAAAGGCAACCCAGAUGACAAUUUUCUUGAGGAUGAAGGUGAAGACGGAAACGGAGUGACCUUGACUGAGAAGAAUUUCUUCCCAGAGUACAACUAUGACUGGUGGGAGAAAAGGCCCUUUUCGGAGGACGUGAACUGGGGAUAUGAGAAGGGAAGCUUUGCCAGGGCCCCUCACCGGGGCUUGAAGAGGCAAUACAGCGACGGGGUGGCAGAGCUGGACCAGCUCCUUCACUACAGGAAGAAGGCAGCCGAAUUUCCUGACUUCUACGACUCGGAGGAGGAGCAGAUGGGGCCUCACCAGGAGGCCGAAAAUGAAAAGGACAGGGCUGACCGGAGGGUUCUGACCGAGGAAGAGAAAAAGGAACUGGAGAACUUGGCCGCCAUGGAUCUGGAAUUGCAGAAGAUAGCGGAAAAGUUCAGUCAGCGGGGCUGACAUUGGAGGGAUGAGCCGUGGGCAGAAAGACGCCAUGGAUCCAGCCAGAGGCAGAAAGCAGCAUCUACUGUUUCUUAAAUGUUUGACGCAGUUGGAAAUAUCACAAAUCUUUGCUAGAAUGCUAAUGCUAUGUGACUAGUGGGACCUGUAGCAUAUUUGUCCUGCAAAAUAGAUGUUUCACAUGUCUGUGACAAUGACUGUGUUACUGUCUUUGAAACACAAACAAUAAAA